GUGCCGUUAGUAUAGAAAAAAAUGUUUACCAGGCGUUCCAUAAACAAUUUCAAAAUCGAUUAUCGCCCAUUCAUGUAUACAUUGUCAACAAAGAAACACAUGACAUAAAAGAUUACAUGAACAUGAUUGCCUCCCCAUUUCUCAAAAUUUACAAUUAAAGUAAAUCAUUUCAAAGAUGAACUACAUGCAGAAGAAAUACGGAUAUCCAUUAGACAGAUAAGCAACGAAGUAUAUAUAGAGUAUUAGAAACUAUGUUUAAUAACGAAGUAAAAACUCCUGGGAUUAUAUCCCUUGACAACUCUUGUUGCCAUGCACCUCUAAUUAUUUCCCUUGGUGAGACUCAUUGCCAUGCACCACAGGACCAAACAAGAUGUCAAAUUGUGGAACAAACUAUUUGUGAUAAAGAUUGGAGUUGUUAUUUAGAUCUAGAGAAACAAAUAAGACCACAUCCGGGCAUUCAACCUUUUAAAUUUGAUGGAGAUACCACAACAGGCAAUGAUUCCGUAAAUGCCCAGUUGCUAGGAAACAUGAGAACACAAACACCUGAUAGACCUUUUAUAUGUGGUGUGUGUAAUAAAACGUUUAGUCGGCAACCUUAUUUACUACAACACAUGAAAAUACACACUGGUGUUAAACCGUACACAUGUGAUAUAUGUUGUAGAAGGUUUAUUCAUAAAACACACUUAACUAAACACAUAGAAAGACAUAAUGGAAACAAUAAACCUUUUCAAUGUGAUGAAUGUGGUAAAGGGUUUAGUUUUAGUGAUGGUUUAAAGUUUCACAUCCGGAGAAAACACAUUGGAAAGAAACCUCAUGAAUGUGAUGAAUGUGGUAAAGAUUUUAGAGGUAGAGCCGAUCUAACUGCACACAUGAGGAUACAUACUGGUGACAAACCUUAUAAAUGUGAUGAAUGUGGGAAAGUGUUUAAUCACAAAGGAAACUUAGAUAAACACAUACAAAUACAUACUGGCGAUAAACCUUAUAAAUGUGAUGUUUGCGGUAAAGGAUUCGGUCGAAGAGGCAGUUUAACUAGACACACAAGAACACAUACUGGCGAUAAACCUUACGAAUGUGAUAUUUGCUGUAAAGGGUUCGAUCAAAGCGGCAAUUUAACUUCACAUAUGAGAACACAUACUGGUAAUAAACCUUAUAAAUGUGAUAUUUGCUCUAAAGUGUUCAAUCAAAAAAGCAUCUUAACUACACACAUGAGAACACACACUGACGAUAAACCUUAUAAAUGUGAUAUUUGCAGUAAGGGAUUCAAUCAAAGAAUCAUAUUAACUACACACAUGAGAACACAUACUGGCGACAAACCUUAUAAAUGUGAUGUUUGUGGAAAAGGAUUCAGUCAAAGAAACGGCUUAACUAAACACAUGGGGAAACAUACUGGCGAUAAACCUUAUAAAUCUUAAGUUUGUUGACAUGCAUGACAAACAUUCAUGGCUGGCCAUAUUUAACAGAACCACACGACAACACACACUGGACUGAAUGGACAGCAAAUAGAAAAAAAACAAGGAGAUGUGGUUUAAUUUAAAUGAGACAACUAUGUAUGACAGUUUUUAGACGGCCAAUGAUAUAAU